GUGCAAUCAUGUUGGAGGUAGGAGCUGCUUGUCCCAUUUUGGAGCUUUUAGACCAGACAGAAGAGAUCAAGGCAUUUGGAAAGGACCGAACCGGCACAUCCAUCCCAAACUGACUUCCCAAAGCUCAUCCAACUACCUCCUGCGCUGCUUCGCUCCUCCCUGCUGCCCCCCGUGACCAUGAGAACCCUCUGUCUCAUCCUGCUGUGUCUGCCAGCAGCGCUCCUGGCCCAGGGACAGUACGAUCUCGAAGGACCUCCUUAUCUCGACCAGCUGCAGUAUUCCCAGUACGACCCUCAGUUAGACAAUCAAGAUUACUAUGACUAUCAAGAUGUCACCCAGCGCCCUCCCGAAGAGCAGUUCCAGUAUCAGUCCCAGCAACAGAACCAGCAGGAGAUCAUCCCAGCGCCAACCCCAGAUUUUCCCGAACCCACAGAACCUGGACCUCUUGAUUGCCGGGAGGAGCAGUAUCCCUGCACCAGGCUCUACUCAGUCCACAAGCCCUGCAAGCAGUGCCUGAACGAGAUCUGCUUCUACAGCCUUCGACGGGUGUACGUUAUUAACAAGGAAAUCUGUGUCCGUACUGUGUGCGCCCACGAAGAGCUGCUCCGAGCUGACCUGUGCCGCGACAAGUUCUCCAAAUGCAGCGUGCUGGCAACCACUGGCCUCUGCCAGACCAUGGCUACCUCCUGCGCCAGAAGCUGCGGCGGCUGCUAAGGCUGGACGGCGGCUGCCACAGCAGAUGCACAGGCCACGAUUCUGCUGUCUCCAGGCCAGGCCAAGCCGACCCAGAGGAACGGUCUCUCCCCGGAGCUACCUUCCGUCUGCCCCGGUAGAAUAACAUUGUCAUUGUGCUCAUGAAAUCAAUGGUGCUAAGGAAACAUGGUGCAUGAAACAGCAUAGAAGUCCAUUUUGUGCACAUAAUAUAGGGAUUUUUAUGGGGGGGGGGGGUUAUUACUUUUUAUUAUAUUGGAAGAGUCACCGGCAGGGGCUGGGCUGAGCCAGUGCAGUCUGAUUGGACUCAGCUGGCGGAGGCCAGCCCAGCCGGGCUGCUGGCUCGAUUUAUACGUAGAGAACAAGAGUAAGGAGUUGUCUGAAUUUCUGGUCUCUCCCCCCCCUUCCUCCCAC